UCGACCGAAAAUUUUAAAAAAUAAUACAAACAUUAAACACUAGUAGUCGUGGUCGCUUCAGUGUUCACUUGUUCAGUUCAGAUCAUACGCGGACAAAUGUAUAUUUAUGCUACUAACUGAGUUUAUCAAUUAGCACAUCGUUGACGAAACUUAGUACCGUAGUAAUUCAUAUAGGGAAUUACCGCGGCGUUGACGUGUAUUAGAAUUGUUCAUAUAAAAUAAAAAUGAAGUCGUGUAAUUCUUUUCUACCUCUAUUUAUUGCUCUUGCUGUUUUAAGCCGAAGUGUUUUUUGUUACGAAAUUGAUACCUACGAUUUUCUCAUGCCAAAUGUUUGGCCUAACAAGGAUGAAGUAUACUUAUGUACUCCUAUAAGAAUAGCUCCGCAGAAAAACUUCUAUGUGGUCGGAUUUAAGCCUAAUGCUACGAUGCAUACAGCCCAUCACAUGCUUCUAUACGGCUGUUCUGAACCAGGGUCAAAUGACUCUGUAUGGAGCUGUGGUGAAAUGCAGAGCAACGAAUUGGAUAGCCAUUACAAUACAGCAAGUCCUUGCGCCUCUGGAUCACAGAUAGUAUACGCAUGGGCUCGUGACGCACCUCGUCUGCAGCUUCCAAAGGAUGUGGGUUUCCUCAUCGGCCACGACUCCUCCAUCAAAUAUCUUGUACUCCAAGUGCACUAUAUGACGAAGUUUCCAGCUGGUAAGACGGAUAACUCUGGAGUAUUUUUGGAGUACACAACAACUAAGAUGCCUCGCCAGGCGGGCGUGUUCCUGCUGGGCACGAGCGGGGUCAUCGCCCCCCACGGCAUCGAGCACAUGGAGACCGCUUGCACCAUCAACGAGGACAAAGUCAUACACCCCUUUGCGUUCCGACCGCACACGCACUCUCUCGGUACCCAAGUAACUGGCUACGUUGUACGUCGGUCUGAGAAAGGCGAUACCUGGCAAGUGUUGGGUAGCAAGAAUCCUCAGCUACCUCAGAUGUUCUACCCGGUCGUGAACACCUCCCCUAUCAUGAAGAACGACGUGCUUGCAGCCCGAUGCGUUAUGAAUAAUACCCACCAUCAUACUGUUCAGAUUGGACCAACAAACAAUGAUGAAAUGUGCAACUUCUACCUUAUGUAUUGGGUUGAAAACGACACUCCUCUUAGCCAGAAAUAUUGCUUCUCCGCCGGUCCGCCUUACUACUACUGGAACAGGGCUCCCGAAGCCUUCGACCGCAUUCCUGACAUGGAUGUCAAUAUAUUGUAAGAAGUUUAAGAUUCCGAUAUGUUCCUUGACUAUAUAGACUAGGAGCUGGUUGUAAAAUAAACGAUCUGAUUGAAAAAUUAUAUAGCGUGAAACGCCAAAAAAGAAAUAUUUUUGAUCUCAAUUUAAAUAUAUAUAUAUAUAUAUAUAUAUAAACAAAUAUAAGUGUCAAGUUUAAAAAUGGAAAUGAAACAUAUAAUAUCCUUAAUAUUUAUGCAGCUCAUAGUCUAAUAGUUUUAUUUCUGUGGCACAAAAUUUUAUCUUGUUAUAAAAUGUUUUUAGUGUUGUAGUAAGUCCUGUUUUGUAGGUAACUUAUGAUUAAAUUAUAUUUCCGAAGUUUAAUAAGUUACAAAGUCCUUAGGACAGAAUAUUAUAGUUAUUUAAAUUUCGUUGAAGUUUUAAAGACAUGCAAGUAGUAAUAUAAGUUCAAUUAAAUUAACUGAAUGUCAUAUAAAAUGAUAUAUAUCAUAAUUGGUAGGAAAAAAUAAUACAUAGUAUAUAUUAGUAAAAAACAUAACGACAAGAAAAAAAUUAGAUAUUUUUAAAUGUGGAUGGUAUAGUGGAUUUAUUUGAUACAUAAAAUGGAAACCAAUCAUACUAACUGUCUUUACACACUCAAACAUAUAUAUAUAAAUAUAACAUAGGAUACGCAUACAUGUAUGUACCACUUAUGUAUUUAGUUUUCAUUUUCGUCAUCCUUUUUUAAUUUUAUUUUAUUACACGAAAUUUUGCCAGUUUCAUAUGUGCUUACGAGCCUUCAGGUAAAACGAUAGGAAAAAAUAAGUUUAGGUCCGAAUAAAAUAUAGAAUGUACAAUACACAUCGCGAAAGUACGACUAAAUUAGGACUUGUAUCAUAUUGAAUAUGUUUUAAAAAGGUAUUCAGUAAUGCGUUUGUCUUAUCGUACAUUCAAUAAUGUUUGUAGGUUCAUGAUUUCUUUAUUAUACUAUAUCGUUAAUUUUUGUAAUCGCAAUUCUUGAGUUACAUGUCUAUAAAUUAAAAUCUUAAUACAAAAACAAAACGAAAAAUGUUUCAAUAUUGCUUUCUUUGGUUCUUUUAUCUUUAACCAUAGACACGUGUAAGACUGCGGCGUUGUGCCACAUAAGUGUUGCAUACUCUAUGAUUCUUACAAAACCGGUAUGCCAAUUUACAGCUUGUAUAAAUUAUGAACUAAAUUUAUAAUUAAAAAAAUAAAAACAUAUUUAAUCUGUUUCCGCUUUUAAGAUUUAUAUUAAACAAAUGACUGACAAAAUAUUCUAUAUUCAAAAUCUAUCAACGCAUUUUUAAUUCAUAUCACUUUUUGAUUUAAUUGUUAAAGUGAAGUUGUAAGGAAAAACUAUAAGUUAGUAGUUAGUGCAGUCCCUGACUCCUUGCACAAAACUGUGCAACAAAUUACAGACUUUUUUUAACGCCAUAACUUGGUUUUAUUAAUAUCUAAAUAGUAAAUGAUUUUAUGUCAUAAAGAAUAAUAAUAUUAUGUGUAAGUUAUUAAUAAUAUUAUAUUUUAAUACUUUUUGUCAUUACAUUACAGUACUUUUAUUUUUACAUUCUUGUUAUUUUAGUCUGUUUAUCUUUAAUUUCAAUAAUACUUAGCAGCAUUUAAUGUUACAUAUAACAAUAGUAAUAUCACUUGCACCAUAGAGUAUAAAAUAUUAAUAGAUGUUUCUUCGAAGUAUUCGAAUGUACGUUUCAACAAUAUUAAGUGUUAUUUAUAAGCAUUCUUCUGUUUAAAUUGAUUUUUUCAUUUUAUAGUAUGACGUAUAUCGUAAAAUAUUAUCUAGUCAAUCUAAGACUCAGUAGUCUGUGAAAAUUCCAUAUAAUAAGUAAAAAUUUAUAUAAAAAUCUAUAUUUCUAUCAAUUUUACUAAACAAUAAAGCUUUACGGAAAAGUCUGCGAAUUAAUUAGAUCUGAUUUCUGUCUGUAUUUUUUACUCUAGCAACACUGACAGACAUAUAAUACUACAAUAAAUUUUCAUAUUCUGAUAGUUUAAUUUUAAUUUAGAAACAUGUUUUUAGUUUAUUAUAUUUUAUGUAACCUCUUUACUUAAAUCGUAUUAGAACCUAAUGUAGUUGCAUAUCAAGAGGAUUUUUCGUAAAAAGAUUUCAUAUUUUUAAUAAAUAUAUAUUAUCUGUGUUAACAUAGCCAUAUUGUAAUCUUAAUUAUAGAUGAAUGUAUAUUUUAACAUAUAAUGACUCGGCUUGCUCUAUGGACUUCGAUAUUUGUAUAAAUAUAUACUAUUAAAAUAUAUCUCAGAAUUAUUAUAUAAUUACAUAGUAAGGAUAACAUUGUAUUACACAUUAUUUGAAUCGCUCAAAUGCGUGAAAUUUCUAGAAUUCCAUGUAACAAAUACAUUGCACAUACAAACUUGUGAUAUCAGAUCACAAGAACAAACAAUACUACAAUUAUUUCCUAAUGAAUAUGACAUUUAUCUGUUUCGUUUCGUAUCUUUGUAUAUAAUUGUCAAUUUAUUGACAAUAGUAAUUUAAUAAAAGUAAAUCGCCACAAGCGACCUUACUUAUAAAACGUUGUUUAUUGAAUGUUAAUACAACUAAUCCACCCCCCCUCCCCUACUUCCCCUCUUCAUACUCAUGAAUGAUAUAUUGUAUAUUAUAAAUUUUUAGUAAAAUUAUACACGU